AUGUACAACUUGGGCGGGACCGCUCCGCCGGCCUCGACCGACGACGCCGAGGAGGCCAGCUUCCAUCCGCCCUCUACAGUGCCCACGACGCCCGAGGGAAGCAUUACCUUCAGUCCCGUCGUCCGAGCAGAAAGUAACCUCACCGAGGACGGAGACUCCAUAAGCGACGACGCCUUUGGGGAACUCCUUUCAGACCGAGGGGGCCAUGCCGCCUCCACGGCCAGCACAAGAAGCACACCGGUCACGAACAUUUGCUGCGUGGGCGCAGGCUACGUCGGCGGCCCGACUGCCGCGGUCAUCGCCUUCCAAAACCCGCACAUCCGCGUCACCGUCGUGGACAGAGACGAGCGGCGCAUCCGGCGGUGGAACUCGAAGCAUCCAACGAUAUACGAGCCCGGCCUCCGCGACAUCGUGAGGGUCGCCAGAGACGGCGCAAACGCAUGCUCGUUCCAGAACGAGCCCGCCAAGCUGGGAGGCUCAGACGUCCCAUCUUCGUCCUCGUCGUCCGCGUCCAGGAGGAGCAUCACCGCAGCCGCGAGGAAACCGAACCUCUUCUUCUCUACCGAGGUUUCCGGGUGCAUCGCGGAAGCGGACAUCGUCCUAGUCGCGGUGAACACGCCGACGAAGACGCGGGGGCAUGGCGCCGGCAGCGCCACUGACAUGGCGGCGUUUGAGGCUGUCACCGCCGAGGUCGCAAGGCACGCGAGGCCGGGGGCCAUCAUUGUCGAAAAGUCCACCGUCCCUUGCAUGACGGCGGAGCUUGUGCGUGAGACUCUUGCCGCGCACCGGCCCGGGGUUCACUUUGAGAUCGUCUCGAACCCCGAAUUCCUGGCGGCCGGCACGGCAGUGAACGACCUGCUUCACCCAGACCGCGUGCUCAUCGGAUCGGACACGACGAGCUCGGGGAGGCGGGCGGCCGAGGCGCUCGCGGGGGUCUACGCGGCCUGGGUGCCUCGCGCGCGCAUCCUCACGACCAACGUGUGGUCUUCGGAGCUCGCGAAGCUGGUGGCCAACUCGAUGCUGGCGCAGCGCAUCAGCAGCAUCAACUCGAUCAGCGCAAUCUGCGAGCGCACGGGAGCGGACGUCGACGAGGUCGCCGCCUCGGUGGGCCGCGACCCCCGGAUCGGCGACAGGUUCCUCAAGGCCGGCAUCGGCUUCGGCGGCAGCUGCUUCAAGAAGGACAUCCUCAGCCUCGUCUACCUGGCCGAGUCGCUCGACCUGGACGAGGUCGGCGAGUACUGGAGGCAGGUGGUCAAGAUGAACGAGUACCAGCGGGACCGCUUCACCAGGCGGGUCGUCAAGUGCCUCAACAACACGUUGACCGGCAAGAAGGUGACGAUGCUCGGGUACGCCUUCAAGAAGAACACCUCGGACACCAGGGAGUCGCCGGCGCUCGAGAUCAUCCGGACCCUGCUGGACGAGGAGCCGCGGGAGAUGGCCGUCUUCGACCCCUGCUGCAACCCGCUCGUCAUCCGCGACGAGAUCCGGCGCCUCUGCGGCGGGAAGAGCCCCCUGAAGGAAGACGGCGGGCCCCUGACGGUGUGCGGCAACGUCUACGACGCCUGCCGCGGCAGCAACGCGGUGCUCAUCACCACCGAGUUCGACGAGUUCCGCAACACAAAGGCACCGCCGCUGUCUCAACGAACCCCCCGCCCAAGCACGGCAUCACCGAGGGCGGACGUCGACCCCCGCCCGUUCAGGAGCGUGGAGGUCCGUCAGGCAGAUGUCUUGGCGCUUCAGUGGUUUCUGGCGGCGCGGCAAGACGGGCCAGCGGGGCCGGGGGGUCCUUUGGACGACCCGCUCGGGCGGUACGUCGCGGAGCCCGGAUGCGCCGACGACUGCCCCGACUGCAGGGCGGAGCUGGAUAGCAAGGUUUCCGGGUUUGCCACCGGGUUGGGCACCGAGGAGUACAAGCCCAAGGAGAGGGUGGACUGGGCCAGGGUGGCGGGCGAUAUGCAAGUCCCCCGGUGGGUUUUUGACGGAAGAGGGGUCGUCGACGCCAAAAGCAUGGCAAAGUUGGGGGUUCGGGUCGAGAGCAUUGGGGGACGUGGGCGCAGCUGA